AUGAUCCUGCAGAAUCAACUGAUUCAGUAUGCCGUUACCAUUCUGCUAUUUUCUCCCACUUUUCCCACCGAUUCAUUACCUUUUGCUCUACCUACAACACAAGAUAUUCCUCUGAAUCUGAAUCUUGUUCCGUUAUGUCCAGCUACAGAAUUUGAGAGUCUACAGGUACCGAUGAAUACAAGCUACCUCCGCCGGCUGCGGGCGCCGGGAGCGUUGAAAGCCAUCCUUAUGGGUCGGACAAGCAACCGUCAGAGCAAAAAGAUUGUCAUAGACUACUCCAGUCCAAAUAUAGCAAAACAGUUUCACAUUGGCAAUUUGCGAUCUACUCUCAUAGGCAGGUAUCUUGAGAAGAUACAUCGUGCUAUGGGAGAGGAUGUCACCUCUAUCAAUUAUCUUGGAGAUUGGGGAACUCAGUUCGCUAUGAUUGCUACUUAUUGGCGAAAGGUUCGACCUUCUGACUCUUUCUGGAAUUCAUGUAGCGAUGUUGAUAAGAUCAGAACUCUUACGGAUUGCUAUGUUGUGGCGAAUAAACAAAGCAAAGUAGAUGAGGAAUUCCGUGAAAAAGUGAGAGACACUUUUGCCAGCAUGGAGGAAUGUAUGGAAAACAACGAGUUGUCUUCUCCGGUUUUGCAACUCUGGCAAGAUAUCAAGAAAAUUUCAAAACGACAUUUGCAGCACUUCUAUGAUAUGCUGAACAUUGAGUUCGAUAGAUGGGAAUACGAAUCAUCGUAUGUGACAGCUGCCCGCCGUCUGGCUGCCGAUCUUCUCAAAGAUGAGGUGGCGCGAGUGGCUCCGAGUGGGAUUUCUGUAGUUGAUCUAGAUGGAAGCGAACUGGAAGAGUACGCCGUAAUCAGAAAAAGUGACUUCACGACACUUUAUCUGUCAAGAGAAUUGGCAUGCGUUUUGGAUCGUGAUGAUCUUUUUCAUGCCGACCGAUAUCUUUACGUUGUCGAUCGAGCGCAGCGGAAACACUUUGAAGCUCUGCGGCUAAUUCUGAAGCGAAUUGGGAAGGAAGAUCUGGCAGAGAAGAUUGAGCAUGUGCCGUAUGGAAGGGUGAAAGGGCUGUCAACAAGAUUGGGUCGCACCGAAGCUGUGGGUGACAUCAUUGAUAAAGGUGCUGAACUAGCGCUCAAAUUCAUGCAAAGCUCGCCAACUAUCAAAAUACCUCCGGAGAAGGAAGAAGAAGUUUCACGGCAACUUUCGAUAUCAACAGUAGUUUUCAACGAUUUGAAGCGAGCAAAAUCGGCGGAAUAUGAGUUCUCAUUUACGAAUGCUUUUGAUCUCAACCAUAAUAACGCACUCUCAUUACAGGUCAGACAUAGCCGUUUAUGUUCAAUAGAGGCAAAUAAUGCUGAAUUGGUUCCAUUGCUUGAUGACUGCAACGGAGUACUCGUCGAAACACUCGAGGCCAUGAAAUUAGCCGAACAGCUUUCUCAGUUUCCAGAGGUGUUAGUUAGAAGCGCUAACUAUGCGGAGCCCUGUCAACUCAUCGUGUACCUCAUCGAACUGUCUCAUUACAUUGGGCAAGUCAUUUCCCAGGCAAAAAUCAAGGGACAACCUACAGAUGUAGCUGUGCCUAGACUGCUACUACUGUCGGCCAGUCGGGCCGUAUUGAAAGAAGGUAUCAGCCUUCUGGGUGCUCAGCCAGUAGAGAGCAUGUGAUGGUGCGCCCUAGAAGGCUGCGACGAAUCGUUUUCAGCAGGAGCACGUUGUCUUUCUAGGAUUUCUUCAGUAUAGAACAUAGAAAUUUCAUUUCGCAAUAAUAAAGUAUUACUUAUCCAAUCUUAGUUUUCUCCUAACUAUUGAGGUUGACUGUUCUCAUUCGAUUUAAUAUCUCACAAGUAAUCAAUUAGGGUAGGGUGCUUCAGUAGUUCAUGUAUAGUUGUUAGAAUGCUAUUGAUCAAUAAUGUAAGUCUUUCCCGGUUUAAUUUCGGUGUUUAUACUUGUGAUAAUCUCUAUUAAUUCACUAUGCAGUUGUUUAUCUUCUACAGUCUGCUUUAUCUGUGCUGUUAAAUACGUGUGAAAAUGAAUCAAAGAGUAGCAAUGCAGUUGUUAUCGUUGAAUGUGUUUUUGAUAUCAAAUUUAGGGUACUAGGUAUUGCCUCAAAGUAAAUUAUUUUUCUAUUUGUUGUGAUUGUUUUCACUGUGCAGUUCUUCAGAUGUAAUAAAGUUAUCGU